CGCUUUACGUCACUUCCGUCGCUUGUCGCCAAAGUAAAGUUUGUGGGCGCACUCUCGAGGCAGUGAGUCUGGACGAGGUAAUACUUCAUUUGAAAGGACUGUCAACCCACUAAGAUGCCAGCUGAAGUCAUAAGUGGCAAGGAAGUGUCGGCGCAAGUGAGGGAGAACUUAAAGAAGGAUGUAGAGCAGAUGAAGCUUCAGGACCCCAACUUCCGACCAGGUCUCGUGAUUUUACAGGUCGGGGAUCGUGAUGAUUCCAAUCUUUAUAUCGGCAUGAAGUUGAAGGCUGCAGCUGAGAUUGGAAUAAAUGCAACGCACUUGAAACUUCCCAACACUGCAACUGAAGAAGAGAUUCUUCACAGCAUCUCAGAGGUGAAUGAGAACUCGGCGGUCCACGGCCUCAUUGUCCAGUUGCCUUUAGACUCGGUCCACAAGCUUGACACAGAGAAGGUGACUAACGCCGUGGCUCCCGAGAAGGAUGUAGACGGGCUGACAAGCAUAAACGCAGGAAAGCUGUCUCGUGGAGACCUGAGUGACUGCUUCAUCCCCUGCACCCCAAAUGGCUGCAUGGAAUUGAUCAGACAGACUGGUGUUUCCGUGGUGGGGAAACGAGCGGUUGUGAUUGGUCGCAGCAAGAUUGUGGGCACACCAAUGCAUGACCUUCUGCUGUGGAACCACGCCACUGUCACCACGUGUCACUCCAAAACAGUGGACCUGGCUGAAGAGGUUGGCAAAGCAGAUAUUCUUGUUGUUGGCAUUGGGAAAGCAGAGAUGGUAAAAGGAGAAUGGAUCAAAAAAGGAGCAGUGGUCAUAGACUGUGGCAUCAAUCUUAUUCCAGAUGAGAGCAAACCCAGCGGCAAGCGGGUAGUGGGAGAUGUUGACUACAAUUCAGCUAAGGAGCACGCAAGCUUCAUCACACCAGUGCCUGGUGGCGUGGGGCCCAUGACAGUUGCCAUGCUGAUGGGGAACACAGUGCUAAGUGCAAAGCGUUUCUUGGAGAGCCAUCAACCAGGGCGGUGGAGUAUUUCUUAUAUUAAACUCAACCUCCAGAAGCCCGUGCCAAGCGACAUUGUGAUUUCUCGCUCCUGUGUGCCCAAGCACAUUGACCUCCUAGCAAAGGAAGUGGGCCUGCUCUCAGACGAGGUGGAACUUUAUGGCAAAACCAAGGCCAAGGUCCAAUUGAGUAUCAUCAAGCGGCUGCAGGCACAGCCAGACGGCAAAUAUGUGGUGGUCACUGGUAUUACGCCAACUCCACUGGGGGAGGGAAAGAGCACCACCACAAUUGGCCUGGUCCAAGCACUGGGGGCCCACAUGAAGCUCAAUGUUUUCGCUAACGUCCGCCAGCCUUCACAGGGACCAACGUUCGGCAUUAAAGGUGGUGCUGCAGGAGGUGGAUAUUCUCAAGUCAUACCGAUGGAAGAGUUCAACCUACAUCUCACGGGAGAUAUCCACGCCAUUACGGCGGCCAAUAACUUGGUGGCUGCUGCCAUCGACGCACGCAUGUUUCAUGAGUCAACACAAACUGACAAGGCUCUAUACAAUCGCUUGGUCCCCCUCAGUGGAGGACAGAGGAAGUUCUCACCUGUUCAGGUCAACAGACUAAAAAAACUGGGAAUCGACAAGACCGAUCCCACCACCCUGACUGAGGAGGAGAUCGCCCGCUUUGCCCGUUUGGAUAUUGACCCGAGCUCAGUGACGUGGCAGAGAGUUUUGGAUACUAAUGAUCGAUUCCUUCGGAAGAUCACAAUCGGGCAGUCGCCUACUGAAAAGGGCUAUACAAGAGAGGCCCAGUUUGACAUCACAGUGGCCAGUGAAAUCAUGGCAGUGCUCGCCCUCACCAGCAGCUUGGAGGACAUGCGUCAGCGGCUGGCCAAAAUGGUGGUGGCUACCAGCCGUGGCGGACAGCCUAUCACCACAGAAGAUCUGGGUGUGUGUGGUGCACUCACUGUGCUAAUGAAAGACGCCAUCAAACCAAAUCUGAUGCAGACUUUGGAGGGAAACCCCGUAUUCGUCCACGCUGGCCCCUUUGCCAACAUUGCGCACGGAAACUCCUCCAUCCUCGCUGAUAAAAUUGCUUUGAAGUUGGUUGGACAACAGGGCUUUGUCGUGACAGAGGCUGGCUUUGGAGCUGACAUUGGGAUGGAGAAGUUCUUCAACAUCAAGUGCCGAUAUUCUGGCCUGAGACCUCAUGUGGUGGUCUUGGUGGCCACUGUCCGCGCCCUCAAGAUGCAUGGCGGAGGACCAACGGUCACUGCCGGCAUGCCGCUGCCCAAGGAAUACAUUGAGGAGAAUCUUGAGCUGCUGAGGAAAGGUUGCAGCAACAUGAGAAAGCAGAUUGAGAAUGCAAAACACUUUGGGGUCCCCGUGGUGGUGGCUGUCAAUGCUUUCAAGACAGACACUGAUGCUGAGCUGGACCUGGUCUGCAAUAUGGCCAAAGGUGCUGGAGCCUUUGACGCUGUGCGUUGCAACCACUGGGCUGAGGGUGGGGCAGGUGCUCUUGCUCUUGGACAGGCCGUCCAGAAGGCCUCUGAGGCCCCCAGCAAGUUCAAGUUCCUCUAUGACUUGGAGCUCCCUAUCACAGAUAAGAUCAGAAUAAUUGCCCAGAAGAUCUAUGGAGCAGAUGAUAUUGAACUUCUCCCAGAGGCCCAACACAAAGUGGAGCUCUACACCAAACAGGGUUUUGGCAACCUUCCAAUCUGUAUGGCGAAGACCCACCUGUCGCUGUCUCAUGAGGCAGACAAGAAGGGUGUGCCCACUGACUUCAUCGUGCCAAUCAGGGACAUCAGAGCCAGCGUGGGCGCAGGCUUUCUCUUCCCGCUGGUCGGCACUAUGCCCACAAUCCCUGGUCUGCCCACCAGGCCUUGCUUCUAUGACAUUGACUUAGACCCUGAGACUGAACAGGUCAAUGGACUCUUCUGAGCUUCUGCACUAGAUGUUGUUUACCAAGGUGGUCUCUUGUUGCCCCCAACUGAGUCUUGAAAACAACUGGAAGCACCUUCAGCUACACGACUGUAUAUACCAAUGUUGGCUUACUACUAAUUUCUUUAACAGCACGAUUAAUCACUGAACCGUCUCAUACCUUGAGAUGAGUAAUUCUUGAUUUACUUUUUAAAUGCUGGGAGAUUCCGCGUACUCUAUCAUUUAUACGACAAACAAACACUGUGUCUCGAUAGCAUACUCACAUGUGAAAAGCAUUCCAUACCAUUUCAAAACAAACAAAAACAUGUACGGUAUGUUGAUAGACUUUUAAUUACCCUUACUGCAAAUGAAGUAUUUCAAACAUUGUAUAACAGUGCCUAAACUGAUAAAUCUGCCAAUUCUGCACUAAUAAAAAAUUUUAAUACAAUGGUG